GGAGGCGGGGCGUCACGAAGUGGGCCUAGCUUCCCUCUGCUUUUCUCCAGCUCCGCCGUGCUGCUGAGGAGGAUGUGAGCCUCGGGCCUGACCUCCCAAGAGGAUGCUCGCUGUCGUGGGCGCCGCGGCCCUGGUGCUGGUGGCCGGGACGCCUUGGGUGCUGCCCUCAGCCGCAGGUGGAGAAAAUCUGAAACCUCCUGAGAAUAUAGACGUCUACAUUAUAGAUGACAACUACACCCUAAAGUGGAGCAGCCACAGAGAGUCAGAGGGCAAUGUGACUUUCUCAGCAGAAUAUAAAAUAGAAGAAGAGGAGAUGAACUGGUCAAAAGUCCCUAAAUGUCAACAUGUUACAAGGACCAGAUGUGAAUUCUCUUUACCGGACUCAAGUGUUUUUAUGGAAACACGGUUUCGUGUAAGAGCAGAAGAAGGGACCAGCACGUCUUUGUGGAAUGAGACUGAUCCAUUUAUUCCUUUCUUCAAAGCUCACAUCAGCCCCCCAGGAGUGCGAUUAGAAGCCGAAGAUAAAGCCAUAGUAGUCUACAUCUCUCCUCCUGGACAGAACGGGAACAUGUGGGCACAGGAGAGAUCUGACUUCAAUUACACAAUACUAAUCUGGCAGAAGUCUUCCGGUGACAAAAAAAUUAUUAUACCUACUUAUUAUUCUGAAAAAAUAUUAGACCUAUUGCCAGAGACUACUUACUGUUUACAAGUGAAAGUAAUGCAUCCGUCGCUUAAGAAACACAGCAAUUAUAGCGCUGUGCAGUGUGUGAGCACCACAGUGGCAAAUAAAAUACCUGUGCCAGAAAAUCUAGAAAUGGACGCCCAAGGCAAGAGCUAUGUUCUGAGAUGGGACCACGCAUCUCCAAACGUGAGCUUUCGAGCACAGUGGCUCCCUGGCCAUUCAAAAAGUAGUUCUGAGAGCCAUUCAGAUAAAUGGAAACCAAUACCUGCCUGUGCAAGUGUCCAGACUACGCACUGUGUCUUUCCUCAAGAUACUAUCCACACAGGAACAUUCUUUCUCCGUGUGCAAGCCUCAGAUGGAAAUAACACGUCCUAUUGGUCUGAAGAGAAAUUUAUUGAUUCUCAAAUAUACACAAUCCUUUCUCCUCCAGUCAUCACUGUCAACCCCAUGAAGGACACCUUGCUUGUUUAUGUCAACUGUCAGGGUAUCAGCAAAUGUGAUAGACUCAUGUACGAAAUCAACUAUUGGGAAAACACUUCCAGUACUGAGAAAAAAGUGAUGAAGAAUAAAUACCCAAAGUUCAUCAUUAAGAAGCUGCAGCCGCUGACUGUGUACUGUGUCCAGGCCAGAGUGCUCUCCACGGCCAUGCAGAAUAAGACCAGCAAAUUCAGUGAGAAGCUGUGUAAGAAAACACGUCCAGGAGAUUCUUCCAUGAUCCGGAUUCUAACUGGAUUUGGUGCUGUGUUCAUCUGUGCCUUGGUGCUCUAUGCUGGGCGGAGCCUCCUGAAGUGCCUGCGUUAUAAGUUCCUCCCACCACUCAAGCCUCCCCCGAGCAUUGACGAGUUUUUCUCUGAGCCGCCUUCAAAAACCCUUCUGCUUUUGACUGCUGAGGAGCAUACGGAAAGAUGCUUUGUCAUUGAGAACACAGAUAUGGUUGCUGCAGAAGAAAACCGUGCAGCUGAGGAAGAUCUCAGGAAGUACAGUUCCCAGACCAGCCAGGACUCGGGGAACUAUUCUAAUGAAGAGGAGGAGAGUGUGGGGACGGAGAGCGGCCAAGCUGUGCUCUCCACAGCUCCCUGCGGGAGUCCGCGGGGCACGCCUUGCCCUCCUGGGACCUUGGAAGAUGGGACCUGCUUCCUGGGAAAUGAAAAGCAUCAUCAUACCCCAGCCCUGAGGACACAGCCAGCUGUCCACUGCUGACACGGCUUGCCACAGUGUGGAGUCUGUGUGGAUGAGGCAGACUUAGCGAAGGUGGCUGCCACUUUCCAAUGGCGGCUUAGCCCCCAGGGGCUGUUCAGUGCCACAGAUGAGGCUCACUGCCACGCAGCCGUCUGCUGGCUCUCUAGGUGUUCAUCCUAGAGGACAUUUAGGACAUUCAGCGUCUUAAUCCUGCCGUCGCCCCUCAGUAUUUCAAAGGUACGGUUGUCUACAGUGCUUCCUGACCCAUAACUUACCACAGCCAUGGCUUCCGACCAGAAGCCACUGAAACCAUGGAGAAAGGACGCUGACUGGAGGAGCCGAGUUGUGCAAGAUCUCAGUGUGGCCUGGGUGUGCAUGCUGCACUCUAGUACUUGUGGAACUAGAAAAUGCCAGGGACAAAAAACAGGUGUGAAUCAUUCAGUAAGAGGAGCAGGUGAACCUGAUGACAAAGACCUGCGGGAAGCUUCCCACAGCGGGCGCAGCGCCUGCUUGUGAUGUGACAGGAUUUCCCGGACAGACACGUGUUCUUAAGGAAUACGGCGCACAUAGGCCUGAUGAGCUGCCGAGCCGGCUCAGUGGGUAAGCGCACUUGUGUAGGGUCUGAGUUCAGUCCUACGCAGUGCUUCACGCCUGCCUGUACCUUUAGCUCCAGAGGAUACAGCCCUGGCUUCAGGUUGCCUCAGACAGCCAGGGUGCACAGGUGCACAUGCAUACCUGUAAGCAAGGCGCUUGCACAGUAUAAACGAAGAAAUAGCAUGCACUCGAGGGCACAGCCUCCUGCCUGCUCCUUGUUUACAGUGAUAGUUCUUGGAGAGGCUGAGUGCCAUCUAACCUUUGACAAACACAUGGCAAUGGUAAGGGCCCACGAGCACACCGACCCAGGGGAGCUGGCUGCACCCACUGGGAUUGCCACGAGGCACCUCUUACAGUAAAGUCUGCAGUUGGAAAUGCUGUUCUACAUGAGAAUCAUUUGAAACCUGGGCAGAAAUCUCGAGCCUAGGAACGUUUUCACUUAAAACUAGGUCAGUCACAGCUGUGCCUGGCUUGUUCCCUUCCCAGCCGCCUAGGAAUGUGGGGCCCACUGGAGCAACAUAGCAAGAGCUGUCUUCUCCAUAUGUACAGGCAGAGCUGUGUGUGUGUGUGUGUGUGUGUGUGUGGGUGGGUGGGUGGGUAGGCACUAGGGAAAAUACAGAGCCCUGUAGGCAGUGAUGCCCCAGACCGCCUCAUGCUUCUCCUGAGACCUGGGGGUGGGGGCAAUGUUUUAGAGACGCCUUCCCCACCCCCUCUGAAGCACCUACCUGCAUUGGUCCUUUGGUGUUUGUCUCCCUCUAUUGCAGAAGCUCUUUGAGCAGGGGCUAAGUUCCUCCCUGUGUCCCCAGUCCCAAAUGAAUGAGAUCUGAGGUUGAAGCAGAUGAACGCUCUGGUUGUUUGUGGAAUGAAAUAACCAUGUUUAUCACAUUUGUAUCUGGAUCCUUUUAUAUUUUUGUCUGGAGCCCCAUUGUUGUAAAAUAACAAACACCGGAACCAAGACUCUGAAUCUCAGGUGCUGCUCCUUGAAUCCGGAAUCCAUGUGCCAGAGGUGCUGCCCACAGCCCGCUCCUGACAGGGCUUGCAUCUGACCUUCUGGAGCCGCUGCUGUCCCUUCCAGGUGUUACUGUCUCUCAUUCCUCAGUCUGAGAUCCCUUCUGCUCUAACUCAGACUCAGAAGGUGAACACAGUUUGUAUGUUUCAGUUUCCUUACAGAGAAGGAAGUAAUAAAGCCAUAUUUGUUCCCAAGAA